AUGUCCCAUCAAUCGAUAGAUCUAUUUCUACCCAGGCCACAUACGAAAUCUGGCAUCGUUAUCGGCAAGGGUGCGCGGCGGGAGGGCAAAAGUUGUCGACGACGAGACACGACAAGAAACAGCAAAGAGAAGACAAGACAAGACAAGCGAGAGAAGGACACGGCAGCUGCAAUUAUGCUGUCGAGACGAAUCCUGUCGCGGGUGCCGGCUCGCAUUCCAACUGCCAGAAUCACGACGCAAGUCAGAUAUGCCUCCCAGGCCGAGAUACAGGACCCGGGCAUGAAUGGCGGAUAUGAGAACCCUCCGGCCGUGAAGCGACAGUUCCGUGACCCCAACGCCGACUGGUGGGAUGCACAGGAUAAACGAAACUUCGGAGAGCCAGUCCACGAAGACAACGAUAUCCUGACCACCUUCAGCGCCGAGGAGUACACCCACUUCAAAGCCCCCAAGGCCUUUUUCCUGCUUGGAUGCUCUGUCGUUUCCGUCUUUGCCUUCUCCGGCGUCGUCAGCCUCUUCUAUCCAGACAAGCCCAGCGCCCCCCGAACAUUCCCAGACGGGCUCGAGGCAGAGCUUGGUGGCCCCAAUGCCGUAGUCGCGAGGAAGCCCCAUGAGGACAGCUGGUGA